AUGAAUUACAACGUUUUUCGACAAACAAUAACAGAAAUAUCUCCUGAACUACAUCCUGAUGAUAUAGAUCAAUUAAUGCAAAAAUUGAAUGUACUUGAAAUUCAAUGGACUGAUGCUGAACGUAUUAUAAGAACAUUAAUUGAUAAUUUAACAAAAAAACGUUCAGAAUAUGAUGAUUUUGAAAAUAAAUGUAAACGUCUUAUUGAAUGGUUUGAACAUUUUCUUAAUACUGAAAUCAAUCAUCGUAUUGAUGGUUUAACACUUGAAGCAAGUCUUGAUAUAUUAAAAACUGAAAUACGAAAUUUAAUUAGUGAUAAACGACGAUCUGUUAAUGAUUUAAGUAUAGCAGCACGUCUUUUACAAACAGAUAUAACUGAUCAAUUACAAUUACAAACAUUAAAACAACAAAUUGAUCGAUUAGAACAACAGAAGAACAUAAUUAAAAAGACUGAAAUAGUUCUUAAAAUGUUUCAUGAUUUUGAACAAGGUUUAGAAAAUCUUCGUUCAUGGAUGGAUACUAUUGAAACAAAUUUACAAAAAUCAUUAUCAAUAAAUACAUUAAAUGAAAAUGAAUUACGUGCUCAUCAACAAUCUAUUAUUGCAAUCGAAGCAGAUAUUGAAAAACAUACUACUAUUGUUAGUAGUGUUCUAGCACUUGGUCAUAAUUUAUUAAGUGAAAUUGAUCUUCGUUCACGAAAUAUUAAUUCAAUACCACGAACAAUUCAAUCAAUUGAACAACGUUGGACAUCAUUGAAAGAUUUAAUACGAAAAAGAAAACUUGAAUUGGAUACACAACAUGUAUCAUGGAAAAAUGUUGAAGAUGCAAUAAAACGUGCAUCAAAAAUGAUUACUGAUCAUGAACGAUUUCUUAAUGAAGUUAAAAGAACAUGUGGACAAGGUUUACAAGGUGUUAAAAAUGAAUACAAAACUCUUGAGAAUUUUAAACGAACAUUAGAUAAUGAUGAAAAAGAUAUUCAACAAAUUACAGAUAAUUAUUCAGAAAUUAUUCGAAAUCAUCCAACAGCAGAUUCUACAGGAGAAAUUCGUUCAAAAAUUAAAGAAAUUAAUACUCGUUGGGAAAUAUUAAUUGGAACAGUACAUGAAACAAUGAAAAAUCUUAAAUAUAUGUUAAGUGUACAUGGUGAUUUUCAAUUAACACAAGAUUCAUUAGCACUUUGGUUAACUGAUUUAGAUUUACUUUUAACUAAUCUUGAACAUUUAUCAGAAGCACCAUCAAAUGAAAAAAUUCGACAAUUAGAUGAUAUGGAUCGAGAAAUUCAAGAAAAACAAACUAAAAUUGAAUAUGCUCGAACAUGUGCUAAUUAUUUACUUAGUAAAACAAUUGAUGCAAGAGGUUUAACAAUUAAUAUGAAUGAAUUAACAAAAUUUUGUCAACAAUUAAGAGAUUUGACAAAACGUAUUAAAAAACUUAAACAAAAAUUAAUCAAUUCAAGUGAUCAUCAUUUCGAUUUAAUUACUUCUGCUCGUUCUUCACCACCUCAUCAAACAUUUUUCUCUACAUCAUCAACACAUAAACGUUUAGCUUCACCAACAUUAUCAAGAUCUCGUUCACCUCAACGUUAUUUUCGUUUACGAGAUCGAUUUUUUCGUUCAUAUGAUCAAAUAGAAUUGGGUGAUCAAUAUCAACGUGCUCAGGAACUUUUAUCUGAUUUUGAAGAUAUUCUCGUUCAAAUAAAUGGUGAUUUUCUUGCCAAAGAAGAAAGAUUUCGUUCUGAAACAUCAAUUAGUGUUCAUGUUGAAGAUUUACCUAUUGAAUUUACUUAUACUCGAAUAUUAACAACAAAACGUCGAAAGAUUAAAGCAUUACGUGAAAUAAUUCAAGAAAUUGAACAAGAAUUUGGUCAUUUAUUAGUUGAUAAUCUUAAUAAUGAUCCAGUUGUUGUUAAUAUUAUGGACAAAUGGAAUCGUUUACAAAGAUUAGCUCAUGAUAAAGAUGAACAUUUAAAAGAAAAUCGCCUAAAAUGGAAACAUUUUAAACGACAAUUAGAAGAUCUUGAACAAGCAGCUGAAUGA